CUCCGUUUCCUCCCUCAGCUGGACCGGGAGGCCAACCUCACCAGCAGCGUGGCCAUACUGCCGCUGCCCCCGCAGAACGCCACGGUGGAACCCGGCACCGGAUGCCAGGUGGCUGGCUGGGGGACACAGCGCAGCGGGGGCCGUCUCUCCCGUUUUCCCAGGGUCGUCAACGUGACUGUGACCCCUGAGGACCAGUGUCGCCCCAACAACGUGUGCACCGGUGUGCUCAACCGCCGGGCUGGCAUCUGCCAGGGGGACGGGGGCACCCCCCUCAUCUGCAAUGGCCUGGGACACGGCGUGGCCUCCUUCUCCAUUGGGCCCUGUGGCCAGGGCCCCGACUUCUUCACCCCAGUGGCGCUCUUCCGAGAAUGGAUCGAUGGUGUUCUCAACGCCCCUCCACCCGGGCCAGCCUAGGGGGAGCCUGCAACCUCCCACAGAGCCCCGCUCUGCCCUCCACGCCUCCUGUGUGCCGCAACCCCAUCCCGUGGCCCCACCCCUGCCCCCGCUCUGGCCUGCAUGGCCCUGGCUGUAAUAAAGGAGCUGUUCUCUCCUCUG